AUGAUGUCAGUCUUCAGCAAAACUGAGGUGGGGACAGUGAAAAGGAUCCUGGAUGAUGACUCUGGGUCUGAUGAUGAGAAAACACCUGCUAAAGUAAUCAAAUCAGUUGGUGCUGCAGAGAAGCCUACAGACCUCCUGACUGGCUCUGACAAGUCUCUACAGAAGAAGGAGGAUGGAGAGAGGAGUAUUGGGACGUUGUCAAAAAAUUAUCUUUUGGGUCUCAUAAAACCCAAGAUCCAACUGAAGAAGCACACUGGAUCUACAUCUCAGCUGCAAAAUUGCUCUGAAGUUGAACACCCAAGACAGAAAUUAUGUGAAAACUCACAAAACCUACUGCCAACUACUCUACCCUCAUCCAGCCUGGAUCUCCAAAGUGAUCCACCUCAGUUUCAGAAAGCAGUAAAUGGAGAGAUGGAGGAUAAAGAGGGAUCUGGAAAGGAAUCCAACAUUGUGGAUUCUGAUGUCAAUCACGUGAAUGAGGCAUUCCAGAUAGGUCUGGAUACAUCCAGGCACAAGUAUAAUGCCAACGGUCUCUUCAAGGGGAAGGCUGAUGAAGUUGAGGCACUAUCAUCGAUAUAUGGAAAGGAUUUCACAGUGGAAGAUGAAUCAACUCAGACCUACAGCAUAUCCAUAUGUUGCUCUGGGAAUGACAGGAACUUGAGAGACUUGGAAGCAUCACUACAGUUUUCUUUCCCUGCUGAAUACCCUAGCAAGGCACCACCUGACUAUCAGCUGUCCUGCCCAUGGCUACGUGGAGAUAAGAAGCAAACCCUUUGCUGCCAGCUGGAGGAAAUCUAUUGGUCAGUUAUUUUGCAUGUACUUACUAUAAAUGAGAAUCCUGGAGAGUCCAUCAUCUAUAUGUGGGUGCAGAAGAUUGAAGAAUUUCUCUCUGAAAGGCAGAGAGAAGAAGAAGAUACAAUUUUAGCUAAAAAAAUGUCUAGUCUUCUGAAGGAGGAAAGCCUUCAAGAAGAGAAAGUAGUAGAUUUCUCAGAUUGCCCUCCUAUUACACAUGGUGGUGUCAUUGUGGAUCGGAAGAGCACCUUUCAAGCUCACCUUGUUCAAGUUACUUCUCUUCAUCAAGUCAAGCAGGUGUUUAGGAAGCUUCUGGAAAAUCGCAAGAUAGCUGAUGCAACCCACAAUAUCUAUGCAUACCGUAUAUUUGACACCCAGAAGAAGAGUUUUGUUCAAGAUUGUGAUGAUGAUGGGGAGACUCAUGCUGGUAGCAGAGUCCUCCAUCUUCUUCAAAUAAUUGAAGCAAGAGAUGUUUUGGUUGUGGUUUCUCGCUGGUAUGGUGGAACUCUUCUGGGACCUGAUCGCUUCAAGCAUAUAAACAAUGCUGCACGAAUGGUAUUACAGAUAGCUGGCUUCAUCCCAGAAUCAUCUUCCCCAUCCAAGAAAAAAGGAAAAUUGAGGGUUCGGAGUAUUGGGUCGAUCCUAGCGGCAGCAACAACAAUGAGUGCAAAGGCCAAGAUUCAGCAGCGACCAAGUUCUGACAUGGCUGCAUUCAGAGAAGUUUUCCAGAAAUCUCAGAAAGUGGUUGUGUUAACUGGAGCAGGGGUCUCAGCUGAAUCUGGAGUCCCCACAUUUCGAGGACCUGGUGGCUAUUGGCGCAUGUACCAGGCACCUGAAUUGGCCAGUCCUAUGGCAUUUAGAGGAAACCCUUCUUUAGUCUGGGAGUUUUAUCAUUAUCGACGAGAGCUCAUGGCAUCAAAGGAACCUAACCCAGCUCACAUUGCCAUUGCUGAAUGUGAAAAGCGGCUGCAGAAAGAAGGGAGAGAUUUGGUGGUGAUAACACAGAAUAUUGAUGGACUCCAUGCAAGGGCUGGUUCAAGCAAUAUCAUUGAACUUCAUGGCAAUUUAUUCAAAACUAAAUGCCUGGAAUGUGGUGAAGUGGCUGUCAACACUGAUAGUCCUAUCUGCCCUGCCCUGGAAGGCAAAGGUGUAUUUUUCAACCCUGAAUCUGCCAUGCAUAACAUGGAAGGAGUGCUUGACAGGUUACCAGAUCCAGAUGCACCUGAUGCCAGAAUACCUGAAAUCCAACUGCCUAGAUGCAAAAAACAAGCCUGUGGGGGACUCCUCAGACCAUAUGUUGUCUGGUUUGGUGAAGCUCUUGAUCCUCAAGUAUUAGAUGCUGCUCAUGCAACCUUGGACACAUGUGAUCUAUGCCUUGUUGUUGGGACAUCUUCAGUGGUUUACCCUGCAGCCAUGUUUGCUCCCCAAGUUGCACGGCGUGGAAUCCCUGUGGCCGAGUUCAACAUCGAACCCACUCCUGCCACUCACUCUUUUGGGUCCAUGCGGACAGAUGCUCCCAGAGGCCUUGGCUCCUUGAAUCGCCGUGCUGUCUUGUCUUCACGAUCCUUACGUGAUGUCCUCAUGUGA